AUGUCUACUCUACUCUACUCUAACACUACCACAGGACCUCACUCCGAUUCUCCACUCUUGACCUCCCCCAACCUCCCUCCCGUCUCCGAGACGGAAGCCAAAGUGUGGUACUACGGCCUACCCUCCCGCCCAAAUUUAAUCGCACGCACCGGCAGCGUUCUGUUUAAGCUCGUCCCAAGCUACGACGCAGGCUUCCCAGGUCACCCCGAAACCAAGGAGCUCCGCAUCGUAGGCGAGCACAAGAUCCAGGAUGUCUGGGAGAGCGAGCUAGCUCGUAAGAUCCACGCUCUGCUCGAUGAAAAACAGGUAGAUUGGACGAGCACGGACGUCGUUCGGAUAGCGGCUAUCGAUGAACGAGAGGUGCUGAGGAAUAAUCUUGUUUUGUGGAUUGGUGUUGUUCCUGAGUCGUUGUCGUAUGAGAGGGGUAUAGAUGUUGCGUUGAGGUGUAAGAGGGUUUUGGUGGAUGAUUAUGGGAUUGAGGAUGUGGAUGUUGAGAUACGGACGUCGAGCGUUGUCAAGGCCGCUUCAGAUGCUAGGCCGAGGAUGUUUGAGCCUGCUUUAUGCUGCGAGGAUAAUGAGAAGAUGUUGGAGGAAAUGGAGCCGCUUGCUUAUACGCUUGGGAUACCGAUCUGUGGGAGGGAUACGCAGGAGGUGGAGGGAACUGCAGGUUUUUUCCUCAAUGAGAAAGGUGAUGGCGAGGGCGAGGGGGGGAGGCUGUUGCUUGUCACUGCGCGGCAUGUUGUUCUCCCUGAUCUAGAUGACGACGAAGAUUUUGAGCGCAAGGAGGAGAGGGAGGAGAGGAAGCCGCGCGACGUUCUGGUGCUCAACGACACGUCGUUCAAGAAACACGUUGCAGCUGUUGAGAAGGCGAUUCGGUCGGAAGAUUCGACCAUCGACUACUCGAAAAGGUAUCUUGCGAGUUUGCUGAACGAAACUGGUGAGAGGGCGGAGAGAGGACGGAAGGCCGCGCAGAAGGAGGGGGAACAAGCGGAGAAGGCGGCAGAGCUGUUGACAGAUUAUCGUGUGGAGGUCUUACAGCAUUGGGCGACUGAAGACAAUCGUGUCUUGGGGCAUGUGAUCUACUCUCCGCCUAUGGACGUGGAUUCUACUUCGGGGUAUGCCCGAGAUGUUGCUGUUAUUGCUGUCGAUCCGGACAAGGUGGAUCCAGCAAGCUUCCCGGGGAAUAUGAUAGACUUGGGGGGCGAGCGCAGCCGUAUCGAUCUUAUAUUGAUGAUGCCGCGCAACUCCAAGAACGUGCACCCAUUUUCCUACUCCUCUUUCUCCAGCAAGUUGGGUCUAAAGGGGAUCGUUCCGGACGAGGAGAUGCGCAAACCUGUUGACUACGAUGAAGACGGUAAUCCAUGCAUCGCCGUUCUUAUGCGAGGUGCCACCUCGGGGAUCAAGAUCGGUCACGCGAAUAGCAUCUUUUCCUACACCCGUGAUGAUAAAGGGCGGGUAUCCAAGCAGUGGCCUAUUCUGCCUAUACCGAAGGCGAAGUUACGGGGCAGUAGCUAUGACCGCCGAUGUACCACGUUUGGGAAGGUGGGUGAUUCGGGGGCGGUGGUUGUUGAUGCUGUAGGGAGGGUUGGCGGGAUUGUUGCGUGCGGUGCGGGUGAUAGGAAGUGCGAGUUUGAUGUUACUUAUGUUACACCUGUUGGAGCUGUGCUGGAGUUUGUAAAGGCGGGUAAGGGGCUUGAGGAGGUGAAGAUGAGGGAGGGGCCGGAUGAGAAAACAUUGAGAAAGCUAUUUUUAGAGGAAGAGAUAGUUUGA